AGUGGUCUAGAUGGGAAGAGGAAUGAGUUUUCUGACAAAUUUAGAUUUUGCAAACCUGUGCAUUGAUGAAAGUGCUAUUGAAACACAUUGCCAAGAAGGAUUUUCAACACACAAAUGUGUCAUUUCCUUUCUUUGUGUAUUAGAUGCUGAAAUACUAUGAGAUAAAGAUUUUAGAUUUCAAUUGUAAAGAGACAGAAGUGGAUAAAUCAGUGCUGCCUUCUUUAGGAUAAACGAAGUAUGGCACAGUGGGAUCGCUUUUCUGGUCAACAGGAGGACUCUGAUGGCUGCUCAGAAUCUGUGAAAUUUGAUGCUCGCUCAAUGACAACUUUGCUUCCUCCCAAUCCUAAGAACGGCCUUGCUCUUCAAGAGAAGUUGAAGUCCUUUAAAGCUGCAUUGAUUGCCCUCUAUCUCCUUGUGUUUGCAGUUCUCAUACCUGUCAUUGCAAUAGUGGGAGCUCAACUUCUGAAGUGGGAAAUGAAGAAUUGCACAGUUGGUUCAACUAGACCAAAUGGUAUAUCUCAAAGUAUCACGGGAAAAGGAAAUGACAGUGAAGAUGAAAUGAGAUUUCAAGAAGUUGUUAUGGAACAUAUGAGCAACUUGGAGAAGAGAAUCCAAUAUAUUUCAGAUACAGAAGCCAGUCUUAUAGAUUCAGAGCAUUUCCAAAAUUUCAGUGUGACAAUUGAUCAAAGAUUUAAUGAUGUUCUUCUCCAGCUAAAUACCUUGGUUUCCUCAGUCGAGGGACAUGGGAAUGCAAUAGAUGAAAUCUCCAAGUCCUUGAUAAAUCUGAAUACCACACUGCUUGAUUUGCAGCUCAAUAUAGAAAUGCUGAAUGGCAAAAUCCAAGAGAACACAGUUAAACAACAAGAGGAAAUCAGUAAACUAGAGGAGCGUGUGUACAAUGCAUCAGCAGAAAUUAAGUCUAUCAAAGAAGAACAAGUGCACUUGGAACAGAAAAUAAAAGGAGAAGUGAAAGUGUUGAAUAACAUCACUAACGAUCUCAAACUGAAAGACUGGGAACAUUCUCAGACAUUGAGAAAUAUCACUUUAAUUCAAGGUCCUCCUGGACCCCCAGGGGAAAAAGGAGAUCGGGGUCCCACUGGAGAAAGUGGUCCACCAGGCUUUCCAGGUCCUAUAGGUCCUCCAGGUCUUAAAGGUGAUCGAGGAGCAAUUGGCUUUCCUGGAAGUCGAGGGUUCCCAGGAUCCCUAGGGAGGCCAGGAAAUCCUGGGCAAAAAGGCCAAAAGGGAGAAAAAGGAAGUGGAAACACACUAACUCCACCUAAGACAGUUCGACUGGUUGGUGGGAGAGGCCCUCAUGAGGGGAGGGUGGAGAUAUUCCACAAUGGCCAGUGGGGUACAAUUUGUGAUGAUCGCUGGGAACUACGUGUUGGACAGGUCAUCUGUAGGAGUUUGGGAUACCGAAGUGUUCUGACUGUGCACAAGCAAGCUCAUUUUGGACAAGGUACUGGUCCAAUAUGGCUGAAUGAAGUAUAUUGUUUUGGGAGAGAAUCAUCUAUCAAAGAGUGUAAAAUCAAACAAUGGGGAGUAAGAACAUGUUCACACUCGGAAGAUGCUGGAGUCACUUGCACUUUAUAAAGCAUGUUUCCUUUACAUCUACAAAACCAUUGUUUAAAAAUGAUUGUUUUACCUUGUUCCACUAAAAUCAGUUUAAUGAAUAUUUAAGAUAUUAAGAAUAUUGUCCAAAGAAUGAUGACUUUAAAUUAUUGGCUAAACAUAUCUAACACCUAACAUACUUACUAUAGAUCUGUAUUUAACUCAUUUUUAAAUGGAAUUUUCUAAUAUAAUGAUUUAUAUAUUGAAUUGAAUAUAUUGAAGUUUAAGAAUUCUUGAUCACAAAGGCCAAUAGUAAUGGAAAUGUAUACCAAUCAUUGGUUCCAACUUAUACUAUCUUCCACCAGGAGAUUACAAUUUUUGCUAUUCUUGUCUUCUUUGUAAGCUAAAUAGCUAAUUUUAAUUACUUACUAAAUAAUGAAGGGGUUGAGAAGAUUCUUUUGUGCUUGGUUUGCAAAAUCUCCAAUUUAGACACUUUAAAAAAAUAAUUAUAUUCAGAUAUCAAUAUCUCUGAAUGUACAAUAACUUGAUAUUGAAUAGCAAUCAUAAUGAAAU